GCGCCCGCCAUCUCCUACGCCGCUCCCGUCGCCAAGCUGGCCGCCCCAGUCGCGGCUGCUCCCCUCGCCUACGCUGGCUACGCUGCCCCCGUCGCCAAGCUGGCCACUCCGCUCGCAGCCCCCCUCACCUAUACCGCUCCCGUAGCUAAAAUCGCUGCCCCCGCCGUAGCCCAUGUCGCGCACGCUGCACCCCUUGCCUACGCCGCGCACGCCACUCCCCUUGCGUACACCGCUCAUGCAGCCCCCUUAGCGUACGCCGCGCACGCAGCCCCCCUCGCUAAGAUCGCCGCGCCCGCCAUCUCCUACGCCGCCCCCGCUGCCUACCUCCACUGAACUGUGACCUGACCACCACUUAGGAACUGAUACUUACCGAAUAAAUCUCAAUUUUCGUAGCAAGUA